UCAACCUACAGUAACGUCACUGAGUGAUAAUAAGAGAAUGACUGGACUAUUUCAGCUGUUGUUAUUGGUCAGCAUGACUUUUGCCUCGGAGCCAUCCUGUCCAGCGUGCUCGAAAUAUGACUACGACCAAAAGGUGCUCGAGAGAAUGGUCCGCAUGGAAUUCGCUUUUGAAAAAUUGGGCGAAAAGGUGGAGCAGAAUCUGAACAAUAUUAAAGAUGAGAAAGAACGUUUACACGCGGUCGUUGAUGUCAUGAAGGACCAGCAGGAGCAAGCAGAACGUAGACUCGUUUCAGUCAUGGAAGAAGUCGAGAGAAACCAGUCCAGCAGACUUGAGAAGGUUGUGACUGAUGAGGUAGAACAAAUGAAUGUGGCGUUCAAUAAAAUUCAAGACCAAAUCGCUUCUGCACUGGUGUACUUCCACGCCCGCUCUCCACAGAUCACCAUCCUGUCCACAGGUGAGGUGAUAGUGUACUCGGCAGUUGAGACCAACCAGGGCAACGGCUACAGCUCCACCACGGGCAAGUUCACCGCUCCAGCACGAGGACUCUACUUGUUCUUCAUGCACACAUGUACACCUUCAACCAAAUUUGCUUAUCUCCAGAUUGUGAAGGAAGGUUCAGUCCUCAUUGCAGAUGUACACUAUAACAAAGACAUGUAUAUCUGUUCUAGUAGUCAGGUGUUUGUUCAGCUUGAUGCCGGGGAAACUGUCUGGGUACAAUGUUCCGCUGGGGGCACGAAUAGACAACUGUAUGAGAAUCAUUCUUACCAAUGGAGCAGUUUUGGUGGUGCUCUCAUUCACAACUGAUGUUAUUAGGAUAUUGUUCGUAUCGUUCAAUUAGUUAUUUUAAAAAUUAAAAAUAAUAACAUUAUUUGAAUGAUUUUUGCUACAACUUGUAUCGUUGUAUAAACAUUGUUAGAUAUCCUCUGUGUACAUCAACAACAUGCUUAGUCGUGUAUAUGUUCUAUUGAG